AUGCCUAAACGUAAGCGCUCUUCUGCCGAUCAGGACGAUUCUCUUCCCUCCACCGACCGCGUGCGCAAUUCCCGUCAAAAUGACUUCAAUAUUCAUCUCAUCUCCGCCCGCAAACAACUUCGCAGCGCACUCAAAACCGCAAAAGGAUUUGAAAGACAACGACUCGGAAAACGAUUGACAAAUGCGACUAAAGCAAGCGAUGCGGCGCAAAUGGCGCGGAUACGAAAAGAAAUUGAAGCAUUGAAAACAAUGGAUUUGGAUAAAGUAACGGAACAGCGAUUGGCAAGAGGACUGGGGAAAAUAAAAGUCAUGAGCGAGAGUGGAUUUUUGCCUCCUGGAUGGGGACAGAAUGGUGAAGGAGUCAAGGGAUGGGAAGGAGAAAAGGGAGAGGAGGAUGUGAAGAUUUGGAAUAAUGUUGUUAGUGGGAUGUGGAAUUUCAAGAAUGUGAAGAGUGUGUGGGAGGGAGUGAUCAGGGGGAGUUAUAUGAGUAUGGGAAUACCAACGCCGGUUAUGGAUAAGGGGAAGAAGGGGAAGGAUAAGGUUAAGGAGAAAGUGAAGGAAGAUUCGAAGAAGAAAUCGAAAAAGACGGCGCAAGAUGACGAUGACGAGAGCGAUGUCGAUAUGGAAAACACGAUACAAAAAUUGUCGAAGAAAAAGAAUGAAGAGGAUUCAUGGGAAGGGUUUGAUUCACCUGGCGACGAUGAAGACGAAGAUGAUGAGGAAAACGAAGGAAAUGAAUCAAUGGACGAAGAAACACUUUCAAGGUAUGAUGCUCUACUAGGUGCAUCUUCUGACGAAGAAUCAUUCGACGAAAAAGAAUACUUGGAGAAGAAUCCCUCAAAAGCAAAUACGCGCCUCUCCCUAUCCCUCUCACCAACACCAUCACGAUCACCUUCACCCUUUCCCUCAAUCUCCCUCUCCGACUCAGAAGACGACCAAUCAUCAAUCCCCCGUCGCAAACCUUCCCCCUCCCCCUCCCCCUCCCCAGAACCCCAACCUAAACUCAAAAAGCCCAAGAAAUCAACCACCAUCCCCACCGAAUCCACCAAAAACAGCACCUUUCUCCCCACCCUCAUGGGCGGCUACUGGUCCGGUUCCGAAUCCGCCUCCUCCCUCUCCGACACCGACAUGAAGCCGGUCGUGCGCAAAAACCGCAUGGGCCAAAAAGCCCGCCAAGCACUCUGGGAGAAGAAAUUUGGCAAGGGCGCCAAACACAUUGCGGCGGGCGGGCUCUCGGUCGAACAAGAGCGCGAAAUGAAGCGUGCGGAAAAGAGCGGCAGAAAAGCACGAGAUCUGAGUAAAGGCAAACGAGGCGAUUUCAGAAAUGAUAAAAAUAAUGCAAAUAUGAUGCAGGUGAAGCCGAGAGAGAAGGUCAAGACGAGAGAUGAUGUCGGUGUUUUGCAUCCUAGUUGGGAGGCUGCGAAGAAGGCAAAGGAUGAGAAGGCCAAGGCGACUUUUAGUGGGAAGAAGGUUGUUUUUGACUAG